UUUACCAUCUCUGGUACACUGCAGUGUACAUUUUCCAUCUGCACACUUCCAUCUUCAUUGCUUCAGCAAAUCUGUGCUGCAAGUGAAGGCUGUGAGAGUGAAUGCAGGAGUGAAAUAGCAAUGGCCAGCUUUAAAUGUAUAAUACACUUGAGAUGAAGGAACUACCGAGAACGAAGAAACAAAUAUGAGUUAAAACGUCAAAUAUCAAACGAAUGGGCUGCUAAGAAACUCAAGUGGUGACAGUUUGUAUCUGAGAACCCAGGCCAUCCACAAGACUUGUUCAGUGGGUCAAGAUGCCGAUUCCUCCCCCUCCCCCUCCUGGAGGCCCCCCUCCACCCCCCACUUUCAGCCAGGGCAACACCACCCCACCCAAGCUCAAUCGAGAUGAGGCCAAAGGCAGAGGAGCCCUGCUCGGUGACAUCCACAAAGGGGCCAAGCUGAAGAAGGUCGGCGUGGUCAAUGACAGGAGCGCACCUAUCUUAGAAAAGCCUAAAGGAGGUGGUGGUAGUAGUGGAGGAGGCUCGUCAGGGUCCAUUCAGCCAAUGGGAGGGCUUUUCCAGGCAGGUGUGCCUAAAUUACGACCAGUCGGAGAUGGUUCAGUUGGCAGGUCAUCCCUGACGCCUCCUGGCACGCGCCCCGCUGCUCCUCGUCCUCCUGUUCGCCAGGACAGCACAGAAUGCUCAGCCCAGCAGGCCUCUCCCCCGGAGCACUCCCGAUCCCAGAGGCCCUCCCUCCCUGACCUCUCCCGCCCCCUCAGCGGAGGCAGCCCAAACAGUGGCAUGAAGCACAGCUCCUCCGCCCCUCCACCUCCUCCCCCUUUUUCUCGCCGGGGUAAUGCACCCCCUGCACCGACUCAGAAGGCGCCACCACCCGCCCCCUCCUACAACCGGGAGAAGCCCCUCCCUCCCACGCCAGGACAGAGGGGGACUUCCCCGGUGCCGGCCCGCAACAGCGCCCCUCCUCUACCUCCUUCUCCCAACAUCAACCGGCGGCCCCCAACGUCAGGGGGCUCCUCAGCUUCCUCCUCUUCCUCCUCUCUGGGUCCACCUCCCCCCCCGUACCGCCAGCCCAUGACCAACGGCCCCUCCAGUCCGGUUAACGAAGCCGCCCCGGAGCUACCUCAGAGACACAACUCCCUCAGCAAGAAGCCGUCGCCCGGACCUGGACUCACUCCAACCCGGGGGCAAGCUCCACCCCCGCCGCCCUCCCCCUCCCCGCCAGGCGGACGCCCCCCCCCUCCAGUCCGUGAGCCCCCCGGCAGAGGGGCAGCUCCACCCCCGCCUGGGUCGACUCAACGAAACGGUGGUCGGGAUGCUCCCCCUCCACCACCCCCCUUCAGAGGUAGCCCCUCAGAACCUCAUAGCCGUGGCAACCCCCCUCCUCCCUCCCGUACCCCUGCCGGACCCCCGCCCCCUCCCCCCCCUAUCCGCAAUGGGCACACCUCCAUUUCCCGCUCCUUCGUAGAUGACUUUGAGUCCAAGUAUUCUUUCCACCCUCUGGAUGACUUCCCUGCUCCAGAGGAGUACCGGCACUUCACCAAGAUCUACCCCAGCAAAGCCAACAGAGUGAUGAGGGGAGCUCCUCCUGCACCGCCUGUGGGAAGGUGAACACUGUGAGACCACUUCACUUCUACUGUACAGGAGACAAGGGUUAUAUACACACACACACACUACUUUCUCACAUAGAACCUACAGCAUAUAACAUAUACCGACAUGCUUCUCAUUUGAUAACAUUCCAUUUCACUUAAGCUC